AUGAAAGCUGACGGCACAGUUGUUGGCUAUGAGGAGGCUGACAUUGUCCAGCUCCAUGCCACGAACGCAGCUCUCCGGGCUUACGAUGACAAUAAGAUAAUGCUACCACAGGGCGUGUCCAUUGCCUCGUACUAUCAGCUCAAGUUUGAAGAUGAUGACGACCAAGAGCAUUCUGUUGCUACACAUAUCAUCAAUUACAAUAAGAGGUGUCUGUACACUAUGUCUGCCGUCAUCAAAUUAUUCCUCGGGCACAAUCGCGACCCUUCCGAUAUCAAUGUUUCAACAUCCGCCCUUUACAUACUCUCACCACACCCAUGCCAUGGACGCUUUCGAUGCCGUUUGAGCAUGGGGUGGCCCAUGACAUGUCGCAGCUCGAGGAAAUACCAUUUACACGCUACUGGAGCUCACCUCAAAGCUUGCUGUACAUAUUUUCCGCCGCUUCCGGCGCCCCCUACUCCUCUUACAUCUCUGUUCACACUUUCUGCAUUACCGAUACCGGAUAACAUGUUGGCAGCGGAAAUUCUACUACCCGAACCCAACGCAUCCUUCCCUGAAACAUUCAUCUACACAUCGAACAGAAACGACCCUCAUUCAGAGGGUGACACUAUUGCAAUAUUCUCUCUCACCGCCGGAGAGGCCAGAGCUUGUGAACGAGGUGGUGUGGAAGGUGGCGGAGUGGAGGUAUUUGAGAGGAUUGAUGGUGGUACUAGAACAUCGUCACGUGUGCGAUAUAGGAUCUCGCCCCGGAGUCCCAUAACGGGUACUCGCUAUUGUGGAUGUCUGGUAUGCUUCAAUACAAUCACCGCAGAGUCGGUUAUCGUCGAGGGCAGAAUUACAAAGAAAAGACGAACCGGCGAAUACAUCUUGAAUAUCAUCUUCUGGUGCACAAUUCUCUCGUUCAUUAUCCACAGCAGCAGUAUCUUGGAGAUGUCGAACUGA